AUGCACGCAUUUGGACGUUUUGGCUGUUUAAUGGCUGCGUUCGACAUUGCAUAUGCGGUUUGGACUGUGCGAAUGCAAGCUGCACGUGCUGGAAUCCUCGAAUUAUCGGCCUUGAAUUGCCACCGACUCGCUGCGAUUCAGACUCGGGGAAUCCUUUUAUCGGCGUGCAUCUGGUGCCUCGAUGCCGCAGCGGCGGGUGUGACUGCGGGUACCAGCUGCUGGCCUCCCGAGCCACGUCGCUGGGUACGAAGUAUUGGGAGCUGGAAUCUGGACUCUGGAGUACCGCAUCGUGACGGUUUCGCCCAUACCCUCUUGUAUGAGGGAGAUAGGAGUCCUGCGCGGUGUGUUGUACGAAGUAUAGAGCCGUCCGAGUGUGUGCAUGAGGAUCAUCAGGAUCGUGCAGUCCCAGGUGACGUUGAAGAAAGCUCAAAGAUCCCGAUACUGCAGGUUGAGCUUUGGAGGAACCGCUUUGAAGCCGUUGGCUGGAGAGAUGGGAGUGACGCUCAAUGCUUGUUGCCCAGCCAUAGGCCAGGAAAAACCCCGUGUGCAGCCAAACUCGCACACAUCACAACACACAGCACACAGGAACACACAGAACACACGGAACGCGCAGAUAUGCCUGACCCAGCGCGGCCAAAUGUUGGAGAGACGAUAAUCGCGCGAUUAUUUACUCGAGCACUUCGGACGCCUUCCGUCAAUAGUGGCCUGGCCUCGCCUGGCGGAAGGCGGAAGGCGGAAGGCAGCGGCGCAAAAAGCAACGGGGAGGAUCUUCGAUACACCAACUCCAAUCUGGCGGAUGAAGUCGUGGAAACGUCCGGGCGACGAGACUAUGGAUGA